AUGUGUGGGAGCGGGGCACAGUGCAUGCAUAUAUAUGCCCCUGCCGGUGCGUGCCUCCCUGCGUGUGCAGCUGUGUGGUGGGGUGUGCGUGUGUCCCAUCGCCUCCUCCCGAAUUGCCGCCCUCUGCGUGUUGUUUGGUCUCCGGGCGUAUGGGAGGUGGUUGGGGAGUGGCGGUGCUGCAGCACCCCUGCACCCACGCCGAGGCCCCUCCACACACGCUCUAGCUUCACGUCCUUCCCGUGCACCGCGCUACUGUGUUGCUGCCGAGACUGUGAGCUGAGGGCGGACGACGGUCAGGGGCGAGACGCCCUGUGUCGCCUGCCUCCCCGCUCCUCCCCGUCCUGCGCUGCUGCCGUCCCGUCCUGUCUCACGCCCACCUGCCACGCUGCCGUCCCCCUCCCACCUUUCUCCCUCUCUACCGCCCUCCCCUUUGCCUUGCCCCCCCCCCCCCCCUUUCAUGCCUCCCCUCUCUCACCACAAACACGCAUCCACGCCCGGCAGCAUGAACGACGUUGCUGUGCGAAGACUCUACUCGCUCUCGCUCUCUCCCACGCUCUCCCCAUCCCUACGCCACCUCCCCUGCCGUGCACCGCCGCCUCACCUCUCUCCGCGUGCUGCUGUGACUCUGCGACAAUGGAGUGGAAUCUCAUGCUGUUACUCUACGCGGUCCUCCAGAUCAUCGCGUUUUUAUUGGUGCUGGUGGCGACGCCGCUCGAGAUGUUUCGCAUCACUGACAAUCUAAGCGUCGUUAACGGAUAUUAUUCGUUGUGGGGAUCACACCAGAGUGUCGGUAAUUUAUCAUUCUUCAGUUCCAGCGCUACUUUGUGGGCUGACUGCCCCGGCCGCCUGAUGCUUUUCCGCCUUGCUCAGGCACUCGCUGUCCUCUCUAUCUUCAUUUUCGGCGCUGCGGCCGCCCUUGGCGUCGUCAUGCUGUUCUGCUGCCCUCUCUUACGCUGGAUAUGCGUGAUGCUCAACAUUCUGGGUGCCGUCACCGUGUGCGUUGUCUGGGCUGCCAUGGUGUUGACCUAUUUCACUAAUGAAGGCAGGACAUGUCCAGCCCUCAUGACACUUACAAAGUUUAGUGUCGGCUUCGCACUCCUCGUGGCUGCCUGGGUGCUGGAUCUGAUCAACAUCACACUCUUAGUAGUUCCGUUCCGCAUUAUGCUUUUCGGUAAGGCUGAGAGUGCCGCCGACUUGGACAAAGCAUCGAAAGGAGAGUCGGAAGAACAUAGCAGCCAAAGGGAGGAGGAGGAGUAG